AUGAUAAAAUUAAUUAAAUAGAAUUAAUCUUAUUCAGAAAUAAUUAGUUUCGAUGGAAAAGGCGAUGGUAUUAUAAUCCAUCAAUAAGAACUCUUUGAAAAUUAGAUUCUCUUAAACUAUUUUAAGCAUAAUCAUAUUGAUUCAUUUACUCGAUAAAUGAAUAACUACGGUUUUAAACGAGUAAAGAAUCAUUAAGGGAAGUACGAAUUUAAAAAUCCAUUCUUCUAGAAAAAUAAUAAAAAUACGAUUCAUUUGGUGAUGAAAAAGAAGCAAGAAAAAAUACAAAUAAUAUCACAAUUUUUAGCGCUAAAAUCAGAGCUGAACUAAUUCUCUUAAGAAUUAGACUAAUUUAAUUUUUUCGCCUCUUCUUAUUAAUAAAGCUAAUCUAUUUUAACAGAAUCUUAAAAUAAAGUUAAAUUGGAGAUGAUAUCCAUCUCAUAAAAGAACCUUGAGAUGGAAUAGAUGUUAAGCUAUUUAAUUUACGAAAAAAAAAAUGGUUUUAAAUUGGAUUGA